AUGGCUGAGGUGUUUAAACACGAGGAAAAUGAAACAAAAAUAUCAACCACAAAUAUGCUUUGUUCAGAAUUAAUCAAGAGAAUAACUAUUCUAUUUAAUGAUUUUAAAAUUAAAGGUCAAAUUCAAAUAAAUGGUCGAAUAUAUAAAGAGGGGGAGUCUAAACAAGACAUGACAUUAUCUGGAUUCAAUGCUCAAACUCUCCAGAUUAUUUAUUUAAAGAUGCAUGAUAAAUCUAACGCUUCUGAUUGGUAUUUUACAGGAGAGGUUAUUUUCCGCAAAAAUUAUUUUAGAAUAGUAAAAAGAUCUAAAACUGGCAGAGGUGGAAAUCUACUUAAAAAGAUAAAUGAAUACAAAGGCGAAAAUUGCUACAUACCAGGCGAUGGAUAUUGUUUUAUAAAGUGUGUAAAUCACUUCAUGAAUAAAGACUUAACAAAAGAAUUUAAAGACUUAAAAGAAUUUGAAAAAAUUAUCAACAGAUUUCAAAAAGCAAAAAGAAAAGGAGUGAUGACAGUUGGAAGAAUUAAGCUAUUCAACGAUCAAUUUAAUACAAACUUUCAAAUCUGUAAGCCUAAAGACAGUUAUUUUCAACCAAGAUAUGUAAACAGGGACUUAGAUUGUUUUUAUUUCUUACACAAAGAACAUUUCUGUCUCAUAAGAAGAAAUAAUAAAGCUUUGGGUAUUAAAGAAAUAGAAGAAAACUGUAAUGAAAAUGUAUGGAGAACCUGCAGAGAUGAUAAUGUAGUAUCAUGUUUUGCUCAGUUAAAACUAAACGUGAUUUCACAACCCCAUGAUGAUACUUUAUUCGCUUGGGAUUGUGGAACAUAUUGUGAAGAGGGGGCUAAUAAAGCCAUUCCUUAUUGCUGUACUUUAGUCAAUUUGGAAAAAACUAGAACUAACUAA